AUGCCUUCAAGAAAUAUCUUAGAAUUAACCAGACAAUAUUUAAAUUUAAAUCAUAUAUAUGUUCAUGAAGCUUGGUUAAUCGAAUGUCUUGAACAUUUCCUUGAGUCUUACACAGAGAGAGAUAUUGAAAUAAUUCAAAGUAAUGUUAAAGAGCAAUGGUUUCUAAAUGACUUAAGAGAGAUUUGUCCUGGAUGUUUGCCUGCAAAACUGAAAUAUAUAGAAGAAACUACAUUACCUUCUGUAUAUGUGCUUCAAAUAAAUUAUCUUUAUGAUAUUGGACGACCCGCUUACCAGCAAUAUUUGGAGCUUAAAAAUGUUGAUACUGAAAAUAUUGAAGCCACUAAAACAUAUGAGGAAAAAAUACCAGCAUGUCGAAUGUUGAAAAUUAUUAUGACUGAUGGUGUACAAGAGGUAACUGGUAUCGAAUACAAAACUAUAAGAAAUCUAAGUGUCAACACUAUUCCAGGAAGCAAAGUGCUUAUUAAAGGUCCAGUGAAGUGUCGCAAAGGGACACUCUUACUAAGUGACGGGAACUGUCAAGUGUUGGACGGAGAGGUGGAGUCUCUGAUGAAUGACAACUGUCAAAGUGCACUGCUUGCUAGGAAACUGGGCCUACAAAAUGUACCAGGUAGUGGUCCGAAGGCAACAAAUCAAUCGAGAAUCAACCAACCUGCGCCUGUUUGUAAGAUGCCUGUGCCUCCAUCUGCAUCUUCGAUAUCCUCUGAAUUUCCUUCAACUUCUAGGACAGCUCCGGCUGUUUCUAGAACUACUGAAUCAGCUACUUUUAAGGCACCAGCUUCAAGACCUGACUUUUUUAAAACACAAGAAUCCGAAUUAGCCUUUGGAACAGCUACAACUUCUUCUAGAACAGAAUUAGCUACUUUUAGUGAGCCAACACCUGCUAGUCGGCCUUCAAGACUUGACACUUUUGAAACAGAAGGUUCCGAAUUCGAUGCGUUGGAUAUUGACAUCGAUCCCAGUGAAAUAGACAAAAUCGAGGCUCAAUACAGUGGUGGAGUUAGAAGAUUGUCAGAUGACGUGACCAUGCAACCAGAAAAAAAAGUUAAAAUAGACCGAAGUGAUGAAUUCCCGAUUGAUGAUGAUGAUGUGAUAUGUCUUGAAGAUGAGGAAAAUCUCAGUGACCACGAAAUUUUCUUUGAUCUAAAUGGGCCAAUGAAAAAAGAAAUCUAUACUAUAAAUGAAGUAAACAACACAAAAGAUAAGAAUGGUAAAAUCUUCAUAGUGAAAGCUAGGAUUUUAACAAUGCUUUCGAAAUUAUCUCUCUCCAAAACCGCGUGGAAGUCGAGCUGUACGUUGACAGAUGAGAGUGGCAACAUUGACGUGGAGUUGUCCAACGAGGCCCUCGAGACGGUCGUCGGUUACACGCCUAGCCAAAUGUACAUUAUGAAGAAGCAGUUGAAAACCCAACCGGAACUUAAUGAAAAAAUCAAAUUGAUACUAGUACAGGCGAAAGAAAAAUUUCAAGUCCUACAUUGUAAAAUGAAAAUAGAAUUCAAAUCGCCCACAGACAACCCGACAGUGACUGAAUUUAUUGAUUUA